CUCCAGUGAGCUGGGGUGAAUUGCAUGACAGCAGUAAUUUGACACUCCCAGCAGCUGGCAUGUGAGCAGAACAGUUUAUGUAACUAACUUGAACUAAACCGCAAGCCCCGGAGUAGAGAAUCACACUCCACACACUCACUGCUGGGAGACCUCCAGAUACAACAGAGAGGAAGCAAAGCUGAGAUCUAGGGAACAAAGAGGUUGCCUUUGAAGCCAGUUUCUCCUUCCCUCAGUCACCUCUGUCCUUUGGCUUACAAGGACUGUGGGGUGAGUAGUCAAUUUGAACAGAUGGGAGCUGUAGAGCACCCUGGUGACCUCCCUCCAGUGGAGGUCAGCCUCUCCAACAAAGACAUGAGGUCAGGCACAGCCAACCACAGCAUCCUAUCCAUCAGGGAGGAAGAAGAAGCAGGCAAUUUCCUGCGUUCUAUCCCAACACGAGAAUCCCUUCAGUGCCCUCGGGGCUCUGUCAUGAGCUUCCACAACAUCCAGUACACCAUCAAACAGUCCCACGGGCCCCUCUGCAAACGGACAACGGUGGAGAAGAAGGUUCUCCACAAUGUGUGUGGCAUUAUGAAGCCGGGUUUGAAUGCUAUCCUGGGACCAACAGGGAGCGGCAAAUCCUCUCUCCUAGAUGUGCUGGCUGCUAGAAAGGACCCUGCUGGCCUGUCCGGGCAAGUGCUCAUAGAUGGCUUCCCGCAACCUCCAAAUUUCAAGUGUAUCUCAGGAUAUGUCGUGCAGGAUGACGUGGUUAUGGGCACACUGACGGUGAGGGAGAAUCUACUCUUCUCUGCAGCCCUGCGCCUCCCCAGCUCCAUCAGCUUUAAAGAAAAAGAAGAGCGGGUCACCCAGAUAAUCAGUGAGCUGGGGCUCAGCAAAGUAGCUGAUGCUAAGGUAGGAACAGAACUAAUCCGAGGGGUGUCAGGCGGGGAGCGGAAGAGAACCAACAUCGGCAUGGAGCUCAUCACGGAGCCCCCGGUCCUAUUCCUGGACGAACCCACCACCGGCCUGGAUGCUAGCACAGCCAACGCGGUGCUCAUCCUCCUGAAGAGGCUUUCGAGAAGAGGUCGGACCAUCAUUUUCUCUAUCCACCAGCCCCGCUAUUCCAUCUUCAAGCUCUUUGACAGCCUAACGUUGUUGGCUUUGGGAAAGGUGCUGUAUCAUGGUCUGGCUAAGCAAGCCCUGAAAUAUUUUAGUUCUAUCGGGUAUCAAUGCGAGCCCUUCAACAACCCAGCUGACUUCUUCCUUGACGUGAUAAACGGUGACUCCACCGCCGUAGCGGCAAGCAGAGGUGAUCAGAGAAGCCUGGACAAUGGAGGGACUGGAGGAGGGGUAAUCAGUGAUGAAGAGCAGAAUGUGGACAAAAGCGUGGUGGAAACUCUGCACGAGCAGUACCUGAACUCCAGCCAGUAUCGGGACAUGAGAGAAGAGCUGAAGAAAGUGGAGCUCAGCCAGCAGAAUGAGCAGGGGAAGUUGAGGAGCAUGAACAAGGUCACAUAUGCAAAUGGAUUCUUCACCCAGCUCUACUGGGUGUCCAUCCGUGCCAUCAAAAACCUCAUCAGGAACCCCCAGGCGUCUGUGGCACAGAUCGCAGUGACCACCCUCCUAGCCCUGAUUGUGGGAGCCAUCUUUUUCAGAGUAAAACUAGACCAAAGUGGCAUUCAGAAUAGGGUUGGAUCCUUGUUUUUCGUAACCUCAAACCAGUGCUUUUCCAGCGUAUCAGCGAUCGAGCUGUUUAUAAAGGACAAGAAAUUGUUUGUCCAUCAGUACACCAGUGGGUACUACCGAGUGUCAGCAUACUUCUUUGCUUUGAUGAUUGGAGACCUUUUGCCCAUGAGAACUCUUCCAGGCAUUAUCUUUUCAUGCAUAAGUUACUGGAUGAUUGGUUAUCAGGCAGUAGCAGGACGGUUCUUUUUCUUCAUGCUGACACUGGUGCUAGUAUCCUACACCGCUACGGCCAUGUCUCUGGCUAUCAGCGCUGGGAUGAAUGUGGUGGCCAUUGCCAAUCUGUUUAUCACUAUUUGCUUUGUCUUCAUGCUUAUCUUUUCUGGCCUGUUGGUGAACCUUCCUUCUGUGAUGGGAUGGUUGAACUGGCUCAAAUACUUCAGCAUCCCCAGAUACGGCCUCACGGCCCUGCAAGUCAAUGAAUUUAGAGACCUUUACUUCUGUGGUGAGGAACCCCAGAAAAUCACUGCGUCCCCCGGGGAUGUGGCUGAUUGCUCCUCAAAUGCUACACAAUUUGGAGAAAUGUGUUAUGGUGAAACAUAUCUGUGCAGCCAAGGGAUUCCGUCUACCAACUGGGCCAUGUGGGAAAACAUAGUGGCUCUAGGCUGCAUGACUGCCAUCUUCCUCCUGAUAGCCUAUGGGAAACUCCGAUUCAUGAAGAAGUUCACCUAGCCUCACCCUCACUUUACUCUGUGACUUACCUCAGGACUUGGAACUGCAAAGUUUGUCAGGCCCAUGCUCAUUGAAAACCAAUGAAAGAUUCAGUGCCCACUUGUCAAGCGCAAGAAAUAUCUAUUAUGUAAUCAUGAGUAACAUUUUUUACCUUGUCUAUAGUUAAAUUGCUGGCUAUUUUAUUGUAAGAAAUUGUUAGAAUAUGAAGUUCUCUUACACACUUCUGUAAAAGUGCACUCUAAUUUAUAUAACUUCAUUAUUCUGUGGCCACUGUCUGCAGUAUCUCAGGAAAACAUAUUUAAACAUAUAAAUUAAUAUGAACCAGA